UAGUAAUGAAAUUCAGUUCGACUCAAAACUUUGGACAAUUGAACAAGAAAGAAAAAAGAGGCCUACUUAAGAAAAAUGCCAACCACUUCUAUGUUUCCACCUGGAGGGCCAAUAGACGUCGUCUUUUCAUUCGACACUACUGGUUCCAUGUACAGCUGGCUUGAGGAAAUUCGUGGCCGAAUUCAAGAUAUGAUACAACGUCUUCAGGCUGAUAUACCUGGCAUCAGAAUAGCCGUCAUGGCUCAUGGAGACUAUUGUGAUACAAACACUUACGUGACCAAGUGGAUAGAUUUCACAAACGAUAUUGUUAAGCUUUGUGAUUUCAUUCAGAAUGUUGAAAGAACAGGUGGAGGUGACGCCCCUGAAUGUUAUGAGCUUGUGUUACGCCAAGCUAGAACUGAACUUUCCUGGAGCACUGGUUCAAGGCGUGUCUUGGUUUUAAUUGGGGAUAACAAUCCACAUCAGCCACACGAGGCCUGCAACAAAGAUAAAAUUAAUUGGCAAGAUGAAACAAAGGAGCUUGCUCUCAUGGGCGUUACCAUCUAUGGCGUUCAGUGUGGUAGAAACAACGCAGAUUUAUUCUACAAGACCAUCUCUGUAGCUACUGGAGGUAAACAUCUUCGUCUGGAAGAUUUCGGGAGUUUGUUUCAUACUCUUAUGGCUGUUUGUUAUCGAGAAAGCCAUGACACCGCCAUGUUGAACAAUUAUGAAAAGGAAGUCAGAGCGACAUGUGGCAGCAAAGGUUUGGCUCUUGAUAUCAAUGCAAUAUUUACAUCUCUGAGAGAUGAAGUCAAAGACACCUGUGAUACAACUACCUUACCUGUUGGAUUAGGGAUAACAACAGUUUCUGUCAAAAAGAAAGCGAUUGGUUCAAUUUCAAAACCGAAAUCUAAAAAAUCUGUUACAAAACUUAUACCAAAAGUCUCUCCUCUGACUAGCAUAAAAACAAAAACACUAAAAAAGAAAUCUGCCAGCUCUAAAUCAUUUCUUCCUAAAGACACUCUAAGCAAAUAUAAAAUCAAGAAUUUACCUCUUUUAAAAAGAGAGAAUGUUCCAGAAGUCAACUUUCAAUUCAGGUCACUUCAUUGGUCUCCCUGGAUCAUGUCUUUAGUAGCAAGUCAAGAUGUACUCAAAGGUCAAAAGUCACGGUGGACAACUCGUGGAGAUAAACCUGGACUACGAUUAAAGCAAUCUCCUCUAACUCAAUUUAAAUCACGCCCACGUUCUUUUGUUGAAGUUUCUGUACAAAUCAAUGGUGUCAGAAGUAAGAAACAUGUAUUAUUUUGUCAGCGUGUCAAUAAAUGUUUGAGUCAAAUUGAUUGGGAAGAAGAUUUGUUUCAUCGGGUGUCAGAACAAGUUGACCUGGUCUUACAAGCAGGAUGUAACAUUUACAUUCGAUACUGUACUCUUGGUCAUCGAGACAAAGUCAAUGUAGACAAAGGAAUUAAAAGAUAUGAUUACGCCUGGACAUGUCCAUGGAUGAAAAGAAAUGGAGCGAGAGGAGUCUCAAAAUGUGGAGUCAUCAUUUCAAAAUAGAUAAAAUCUUUUUGUAUUUAACACACACACACAAAUUAUUAUUUACGGAUUUCUGAAAGAUUUAUUAUACUAUUUGACCCCAUUUGUAUUUAGGACUAGAAAUUAUAACUAAUGUAUACAUUUGUUUAUUUGUAUAUUUUCCAUUUCAUCUAUUUAUGGGUGGUUUUCAAUUGAUAUCUUAUUUAGCAUAAUAUGUAGCUUUGUGUAUUCUGUUUAAAAUACAUUUUUCAUUUUAUGUUUGUAAAAUUUGUGGUAUAAAAUAUUGUGUCAUAACCACUUGUGUGGGCAAACUGGUUAGAAUGGUUUACAAAAUGCUUUCUAUUAAUACUGAUCCUAUUUUCAUUUGUUGUCUUUACUAUUUACCUUGUCCAAACGUUCACAUUCCCACGUGACUUUCUGUGUAAAUUUCUUUUUAUAAAAUUCAUUGAAUUUUAUUAUUUUU